AUGGCUCCACCCAGCCCCCUGCUGGACCCCACCCAGUCCCAGCUGGCGACUGUGUCGGGCGAUGGACGCCUCAAAAUAUUCGGCGUGGCAUCACAGCGCCUGACCGCAGACCUUACCCCGGCAGUGAGCGGCGCCAUCGGCGCAAGCGGGGCAUCCGUCGACAUCAUCACCAGCAUCUCCUGGGGCAACAAGGCCUGGAACACAACCCCCACCGGUCUGGAGGGCGGCGUGGCGGGCCUCGCCCACUCCCCAGAUGCCAGGCAGCUGCUGGUGGUGGGCAGGGUGGGCGGUGCUGCCGUGCUCGACGCUGCCACGGGGGCGGGCGUCUCCUCUUUCCAGGGCCCGAAGGGGCCGCUGACGGGGGUGAGCGUCCUGUCCGAGGGGCGCGCCCUCAUCAGCGGCACCACCACCUCCCUGGUUGACAUGGCCAGCGGCUCCCAGCUGGCCACCUGGACGCCGCAUGCUUCGCCCCUUGCCGCCAUCGCCAUCGUCUCCGGCGAGGCUCAUGUGGCCACCGCCGGCAAGGGCGAGCGCUCCGCCACUGUCUGGCGGAUGGCCCCCGGUCGCAGGGGCAAGGCCAUGCGCUUCACGGCGGCGGCCACCCUGAGCCUCCGGGUCCCGGCGCGGGCACUGAGCGCCGCCGGCAUGCAGGGCCAGGAAGGGGGCGUGGUCGUCGCCGCUCUGCUACAAGACGGCAGCCUGGAGGUGUUUGUCGCUGCCGAGCUGCCCACGAAAAAGGGACUGCCGGCGGUGCAGGCGACCCGCGUCGCAAACACUGGCGAGGGCGCGGGGGUGCUGAGCGCGACGAUAAAGUCCGCAGACGCCUCGGGAUGCACCCUCCUGCUCGCGAGUGGGCCGGCUGCCAAGCCCCACUUCCAGACGCAGCAUGUUGCCUUCAGCACAGAUGCCAGCGCACCCACAAUCAUCCCCAUCAUGAGCGACGAGAGCCUGCUGGUGAGCUCGCCAGCAGCCAUCGCCUCCACGGCCCCCGCUGCGGGCCCAGGAAAGAAGGGCGUGAGCAUCGUGGGCGUGUCUGACGUCGCCCGGUCCACGGUCGCCACCCCGUCUGGCCCCGGCAGCAAGCGCGGCGCUGCGCAGGCGUCCGAUGACGAGGACGACCUGGUGGCGGACCCGGGCAUGCAGCCCGUGCUGGGGCGCCUGCACCAGGCGGUGGAGGCGCGGCUGGCCACCUACCAGCCCCUGCUUUCCCUGGCGGGGCGGCUGGACCUGGUGGCGGCAGUAGCUUCGGAGGCCGUGGAGGUGGUUUCGGCGGGCGCAGUGGCGGUUUCGGCGGGCACUUUCGAGCACCCCUGCGAGGGCGAGGCUGUGAUCAAGCUGGCUGAUUCCAAGCAGAUCCCCUACUUCAACGCCCCCAUCUUCCUGGAGAACAAGACCCAGGUUGGCAAGGUCGAGGAGAUCUUCGGACAGAUCAACAAUGUGUUCUUCACCGUGAAGAUGAGCGACGGUGUUGUCGCCACAUCCUACAACAAGGGAGACAAGUUUUUCAUCGACCCCGCCAAGCUCCUGCCACAAGAGCGUUGGGAGAAGGAGAACAUCUCCUCCGAGUCCAUGGAGGCGGCCCGCAUUGCCGCCAACAAGUACAUGGUGAAGAACGCGGGCAAGGACGCCUUCCACCUGCGCGUGCGCGUGCACCCUUUCCACGUCCUGCGCAUCAACAAGAUGCUUUCCUGCGCCGGCGCGGAUCGGCUGCAGACCGGCAUGCGCGGCGCCUUCGGCAAGCCCUUUGCCCUGUGCGCUCGCGUGGCCAUCGGCCAGAUCCUGCUGUCCAUCCGUUGCCGCGACGCGCACGUGGUGGUGGCGGAGGAGGCGCUGCGCCGCGCCAAGUUCAAGUUCCCCGGCCGCCAGAAGAUCGUGGUGUCGCGGAACUGGGGCUUCACUGCCUUCAACCGCGAGGACUACAUCCAGUGGAAGCAGGAGGGGCGCCUGGCCGCCGACGGCCUGAACGCCAAGCUGCUGGGCAACCACGGGCCCCUGGCCGCGCGCAAGACCCACGAGCUGUUCGAGGGCCCCGCCCGCACCUACAAGAUCCCCGUGCACGCCUGA